UCCUCUUUCGCUGUCUGCACUGUAUGCACGCACAAGGGCAGGGAAAAGUGCGGGGCAGGAGACAGCGAGAAGAAAAAAAUCAACAAAAAAACAGAAGCUGCUUCUGUGUUUUCUUUCAAACGCAUUCCCGCUGCAUCAUUACCAGAGAACAGGCACCCCCGGCUCACAAAACCUGCGUUGCAGAAGGAGGCAGGUGCCCUUGAAGAUCACCUGGGAGCAGGUGGAGGAGAACCUGUCACGGCUACCGUCUGACUCCCACGUGGGGGGACUUGUCCUGAUGUCAAACGAGGAGUGCCGUUCGCCCAUCGGCCUGGACUGCUGCAGCUGCUGUCUGGAUCUGGCCAAUGGCUGUGAGCCUGAGCCGGGCCGAGCGGGUCACACCAGCCUGGGAAGCCCUACAUCCGUCAACCACUUCAGACAGCUCCGAGACCAGCUUCACUUUCAGAACCUAAACACAGAUAAGCUCAACAACAUCAUGAGACAGGACUCGUUGGAGUCGGUGGUCCGGGACCCCUGUUACCUGCUCAACGAGGGCAUCUGCAACAGCAGCAUUGACCAAACCAUGCUGUCCAUACUGCUGUAUUUCCACAGUGCCUCUGGCGCAAGCGUUGUGGCAAUUGACAACAAGAUCGAACAAGCAAUGGAUCUUGUGAAGAAUCACUUAAUGUAUGCAGUCAGGGAGGAAGUUGAGAUCUUGAAAGAGCAGAUCAAGGAACUGGCAGAGAAGAACAACCAGUUGGAGCGUGAGAACAGCCUGCUGAAGAACCUGGCGAGCCCAGAGCAGCUGGAGAAGUUUCAGUCACGUUUGCCCUCAGACUCCAGCCUCCCCCUGGAGCCUCUGGAGCUGGGGUCCCCCGAGGACGGCGAGCUCCAGUACAACAGCACGGGAUCUGCUGUAUAAGUGGCUCUGCCAUGGGGCGGGCAGAGCCACAGCUCUCACCUGAAAUAGACCUCCAAAUAUGCAACUUCAAGAUGAAGCUGGCUGUACAGAUGAAAACCUGACCUGAAAUGAAAGCAUUGCGACAAGUGGCCUAGUUCAGUAAUAUCUGACAAUCUCUUCGGACUAACGCGGAAAAGAGAGAGUGAUGUAGAUGUCCGAGGUUACUGUACAACGGGACUGACGUGCCCCUUGUUAGGAAGGGGGCCCAGCCUUGCUUUCCUUUGGUCCCUCUCACGAAGAGACGGAGAGGGGUUUGCCUGAUGGAGCUGGCAGAGAGCGCAUCUUUGGCCUAUCCAAGUCAAGCCAAGGAAAUGUAUACGUCCCUGCGAGACGCCCCCACAGCUCCACCUGACGCAAGCUAUACGGGACUCACUUCAUGCCCUCCAUUGAUCCCUAGUGCUGUGGACAUUUCUUAGCUCCCGUGGUUAAGGACGUUCGAGACGGACCUGUACGGAGCGCUGGUCCUCUCGUCCACAGUGGUGACUCCUGCCAUAUGAUUUGUAUAGCAUCGCUUGUAUCUCUGCAGAUGGGGCCUGCUGCUUAUGGGGAUUAUUGCUUGUUUGUGUUGUGAAACGGAACAAAAUCAACUUGUUUAUAUGGGCUAUGUGUAAAAAAUGAUGUUUUUCUUAUUGUGGGAAUGAAAAUCUGUAUACAUUUGCAUAGUUCUGUAAAUCAGCGACUGAUGUAAAGAGAAAUGUUCUGAAACGGAGGCUGCGAAUGUUCUGCUGACAUGUCGAACAUCUGUUCUGUUGACCUUCUAUGCCAACCAACUACCAGGCACAACGGUGUCUGAAGAGGGCCACAUGUUUUCGAAUGAACUUUGUAUUUUCUAACUACCAAAGACUUGCCUAAUACUCACAAGCCAACAGGACCAUGUGGAACUUUUCACAGGGAGAAGUUUUUUUUUUUUGACCGCAGUCUUUUUGAAACAUGGGUAUUGUUGCCUCAUUGUGUCCAAUUUUUAUUUUUUAUUUUUUUUUUACAAAUUAUGGAUGCAA